UCUCUCUCUCUCUCUCUCUCUCUCUUGAUUUUUUCUCUUUUGAAAAUCGCAUUCAUUAUACCAGGUAUUCUGGUCGGUUUCAAUUUGUUGCAGACAUAUAGCCAGAAAAUCUACGAUCGGGACGGCACAAGAUAAGUUUUCUUUUUUUUUCUCAAAGAAAUAAUAAUCUGCCACAAAAGUUCACCGCGAAUUAAAACCACGAUUUUUUUCAUUUUCAUUUAUUUUAAAAUAAUCAAAACUGCCGUGAAUACAUAAUAUUGUGAAUCAUUCGUCAUUCGUCAACAAUUGAUUGAACACAAGAUCAUUUUUUUUUCUCAAUUUCAUCACAAUCAUCAUUUCAAAUUUUCACACUUUUUUUUUUUGUUUAAUCAAAAAUACGACAAACCUGGUGAGAGAAUGGCUCAUAUUCGUGAAAGAAUUUCCAUCAUCAUAACAGGAUUAUUCAUGUUGAUGACAAUACAACAUACAACAAUGGUUCAUUCAAUGUAUUAUCAAAAUAUUCGAAUGGUUCCUGCACCAUCAUUGGAAAUGAUGGAGGUAAGAUCAGAUCCACAGAAUGUUUAUGGUCAACAACAACAACAACAACAGCAAUGGGGUAUUCGUAAUUUACCAUAUCCUAUUGAACAACAACAAAUGCAAAUAGCACCAAUGUUUGCAUCGGAAGCAAGCAAUAAUCGAAUGGUAUAUCAUCAACCUAAUAAUAAUAAUGGUGGUGGUGAAGAUAAUCUCUGUCAAGGUGGUUUUGUUGAAUAUUGUCUGAUUCAAGCCAAUCAAGAUGGGGAACAAAGUAUGAUGAUGGAAAUCGGUACAACCGGUAAUCGAACCGAUAAUAAUGAUAAAGAUAAAGAUCAACUUUCGAAAGAAUUCGAUGGAAUGUGUCAGGUUGUUAUUCGUUUUAUCAAUUGCAUUAAUUCACAUUAUUUCCGUUGUAAUCCAACGUCAUCACAAAAUCCAAAUACCGAUGUUUUCCUCAAUUCCUGGACUCAUAUGUGUGGUAGUGAUAGCAAAAUUCGUAAUAAAUAUCUUCAACACGCUAAAUGUAUUAAACAUGCAUUGUCACAUAAUAAUGGACAAGAACAAUGUCAAUCGCUAUUUCAAAGUUAUUUUCUUUCAUCACAAUUUGCAUUAGAUUCAAUGGAAAACACUGUUCAAUAUGGAUGUUGUGCAUUUAAUGAAUGGCAAUAUUGUAUUGAUUCAUUGAUUCAACGACAAUGUGGUCCGGAUGCAACAAAAGCUAUUCAGGAUCUGAUUAAUCAAGCUUCCGCAGGAUUGGUAACAUCAUUAUGUGAAAAGAAAAUAUUUGGACGUAAAUCAAAAGCAUGUAGUGGAAAGAAAAAUUAUAAUUACAAUAAACUGUCAACAUUGGAUCCAAUGAUGAAUGCAACAUUACAAAAAUAUGUAACAAUCUUUGGUGAAUUCAUUGAACGUCUACCAGAUGAUGACGAUGAUGAUGGUGAUGUUGUCGACGGUAAUGGUAAUAAUAAUCAGAAUCAAAAUUGAAAAAAAAAAUCAAAUUUUGCACAAAUCAAAUGACAAUGAACAAAAAUUGGCUGGCCAAUGCAAUCAAAUAGUCUCUCAAAUCUUGAAUUUAUUUUUUUUAUAUAAAAAAAAUGACCACAACAAAAUAUAUUGCAGGAAAAAAAACAAU